GGAGGUGGGGUUGGCGAGGAGGAGGAGGAUGAGAAGGGAUGGAAGGGGAGGGAUGGAAGAGGAGAAGGAGGUGGAGAUAAGACAGAGCAGGAGGAGGGGGGAUGGAAGAGGAGGAGCAGGAGGAAGAGGAAGAGGAGGGACAAAGGCGGAUCAAGGAUUAGCUGAAGGAGCCGCGCUCGAUCCCUGCCUGAAUUCGCAGCCCCCACCUGUGGGAUCAUCGCCCCCCCAUCGCACCGAGCAGGAGCUGAGCAUGGAGAGCAGGGAGGACAAAUCCCCGCAGCAGAACCUGGUGGCAGAGACCGUUUUGAGCGACUCCACGGCGCAGGAAGCCAAUGGGGAGGAAAAGCCCCAGAGAUGCUGCACGAGGAGGGGCUGCAAACGCAGAUGGCGGGGAUGUGAGGGGGAAAGAGCCAGCCUGGGCCGGGAAGGCGGCCGGAGAUGGAGCCAGAGCUCAGAGCUGGUGCUCCAUGAGCAGCUCCAUGAUGGGGAGAAGCCCCACACGUGCGUGGAUUGUGGGAAGAGCUUCAGGUGGAACUGCGACCUGAUUGUGCACCAGAGGAUCCACACUGGGGAACGGCCCUACGAGUGUGGGGAGUGUGGGAAGAGCUUUAGCCGGAGCUCCAGCCUAAUCAGGCACCAAAGGACCCACACUGGAGAGAAGCCCUAUGAGUGUGGGGAGUGUGGGAAGAGCUUCAGGUGGAACUGCGACCUGAUUGUGCACAAGAGGAGCCACACUGGGGAACGGCCCUACGAGUGUGGGGAGUGUGGGAAGAGCUUCAAGUGGAGUUGCGACCUGAUCAACCACCAGAGGAGCCACACUGGGGAACGGCCCUAUGUGUGUGGGGAGUGUGGGCAGAACUUCAGCCGGAGCUGCCACCUAAUCCAGCAUCAGGUGAUCCACACUGGGGAGAGGCCCUUCGAGUGUUCCGUGUGUGGGAAGAGAUUUCAGACCAGCUUCCGUCUCCUCCGGCACUUUCAGAGUCACACAGAGGAGAGGCCCUUCUGCUGCCCCGAGUGUGGGAAGGGAUUCAAGCACAACUCCACUCUUGUCAAGCACCGGCGCAUCCACACUGGGGAGAGGCCCUACGAGUGUCCCCAGUGUGGGAAGAGCUUCUCACAGAGCUCUAACUUGACCAGACACCAACGGAUCCAUGAUGGGGAGAAGCCGCACACGUGCGGGGAGUGUUGGAAGAGCUUCAGGUGGAACCGCGACCUGAUUGUGCACCAGAGGAUCCACACUGGGGAACGGCCCUACGAGUGUGGGGAGUGUGGGAAGAGCUUCAGCCUGAGCUCCAAUCUGAUCCAGCACCAGGUGAUCCACACUGGGGAGCAGCCCUAUGAGUGUGGGGAAUGUGGGAAGCGUUUCAGCUGGAGCUCCAGCCUGAGGCAGCACCAGGUGAUCCACACUGGGGAGAGGCCCUUUGAGUGUGAGGAGUGUGGGAAGAGCUUCAGCCACCACUCUGUCCUGAUGCAACACCAGAGGAUCCACACUGGGGAAAAGCCCUUUGAGUGUGGGGAAUGUGGGAAGAGCUUCAGGCAGAGGGGCCAGCUGAUGCAACACAAGAUGAUCCACACUGGAGACCAGCCUUAUGAGUGUGGGGAAUGUGGGAUGAGCUUCUGCCAGAAGGGGAGCCUGAUGCAACACCACAGGAUCCACACUGGGGGAAAGCCCUAUGAGUGUGUGGAAUGUGGGAAGAGCUUUAGAUACAGCUCUGGCCUGAGGAAACAUGAGAGGAUCCACACUGGGGAACAACCCCAUGAGUGUGGGGAGUGUGGGAAGAGCUUCAGCAUCAAGUGCCAGCUGACGGAACACCAGAAGAUCCACACUGGGGAAAAGCCCUACAAGUGUGGGGAAUGUGGGAGGAGCUUCAGAGGAAGCUCGGCAUUGAUUCGGCACCAGGUGGUCCACACAGGGGAACGGCCCUACACCUGCUUGGAAUGUGGGAAGAGCUAUGGGUGGCACUUUGACCUGAGAAAACACCAGGGCACCCACACUGGGGAGAGGCCCUACGAGUGUCCCCAAUGUGGGAAGAGGUUUCACAGGAGCUCCGAUCUUCUCAAACAUGAGUGGAUUCACACAGAGGAGAGGCCCUUCCGCUGCCCUGACUGUGGGAAGGGCUUCAAGCAAAACUCCACCUUCACCCUGCACCGGUGCAUCCACACCGGGGAGAGGCCCUACGAGUGUGGGGAGUGUGGGAUGAGAUUCUCAUUGAGCUCAACUUUCACCCGACACCAACGGAGGCACUCAGGAGAAAAGCCACACAGGUGCUUGGAAUGUGGGAAAUGUUUCAGCUGGAGCUCCACCCUGAGGCAGCACCAGGUGAUCCACACUGGGGAGAGGCCCUUUGAGUGUGGGGAAUGUGGGAGGAGUUUCAGCCACAACUCCAUCCUGAUCCAACACCAGAGGAUCCACACUGGGGAAAAGCCAUUUGAGUGUGGGGAAUGUGGGAAGAGCUUCAGGCAGAGAGGCCAACUGAUACGACACCAGGUGAUCCACACUGGGGAAAAGCCCUAUGAGUGUGGGGAGUGUGGGAUAAGCUUCAGCCAGAAGGGCUACCUGAUGCAACACCAGAGGAUCCACACUGGAGAAAAGCCCUACAAGUGUGGGGAAUGUGGGAGGAGCUUCAGAGGAAGCUCGGCCCUAAUUCGGCACCAGGUCAUCCACACGGGGGAACGGCCCUACACCUGCUUGGAAUGUGGGAAGAGCUAUGGGUGGAACUCUGACCUGAGAAAACACCAGCGCACCCACUCUGGGGAGAGGCCCUAUGAGUGUCCUGAGUGUGGGAAGAGGUUUCACAGGAGCUCCGAUCUCCUCAAACAUGAGCGGAUUCACACAGAGGAGAGGCCCUUCCGCUGCCCCGACUGUGGGAAGGGCUUCAAGGAAAACACCAAACUCACCAUCCACCGGCGCAUCCACACUGGGGAGAGGCCCUACGAGUGUCCUGAGUGUGGGAAGAGCUUCUCACAGAACUCUCACUUGACAGAACACCAGGUGAUCCACAUGGGGAAACAGCCCUACAAGUGUGGGGAGUGUGGGAAGGGCUUUGGGUGGAGCUCCAACCUCAUCAAUCACUGCAAGAUCCACACUGGGGAGAGAACCUAUGAGUGUCCCGAGUGUAGGAAGUGGUUUCUGAGCAGCUCCAAUCUCAUCGUAAUGAGUCAAGGGGUCAGCUGGAAAUGUAUUUACGAUAAUUGAAAACUGUGGAUGAGUCAAGGGGCCAGCUGGGAGUAUAACUGAGAUAGUAGAAGAUUGCAUAUUUUAGUUAAGAUUUUAAAAUUAGUUAAGAAGGUAUGUUAGCUAAGCAAAAAUCACAUAGGUUAGUGAAAGAGUAACAAAUAUAUUAGAAAGUAAAGCUCGGAGUGACAGGGAUAGAUGUAGCAAUUGUGGAGGAGCAGAGACCAUAGAAAUAUCUUGCCUUAAGAAUAAUCAGUUUGGAGAGGCUUGGACCAUGACCAGCAGAUCAAAAAGUCCUGCAAACUCGCCAUGGGUGAAGAGUUUACCAUGAGGAAGAGAGCUUUCUUCUUCACAUACGCCCACUCCCUUAUUUCAAAAUCCCACAGACCCAAUUAAGGCAGUGCAAUUGCGCAGUCAUAUUAGGUAUUCAGCUGACUAUAAUACAAAG